UAAAGCUUUUAGACAGCGGAAUUUUAUUUUGCUUCGAAUUGAAAUUAGCAUUACUCUAUUUUACACGGAUUUGAAACAGAAUCAUACUUAUUUGAUCAAAGGUACUUCUAUCCACUUGAUGUUCACGUCAAUGCUGCCAAUUAGUGUUUACGAUGGAGUCGCCGGCAUUACAGGGCACAGAAAAUGAUUGCGUGAAGGCCGAGCCUUGUGAGGAUGCGUGUAUGACGGAUUUACCGACGGUCGCGGUGUCUGUGAAAGUGGAGCAUUUGCUGGACGAUGUGCGCGUCAAGGACGAACCUAGACCCGAUGGUGUGUGUAUAAAUAGUGAGCAAUCGAGCUCAGAAGUGAGUGUAAAAGAGGAGUCAGCCAGCGUGCGCGCGGCGGCGGAGCUGUACGACGGACACGCGGUGAAGGAUGAGCUCGUGCUCGGCCCCGAGCUAGUGGAGCUCGGCGCCGUGCGAGGCGCAUCAGCGGCUUCCGAUGAGGCGAUCAAAGUGCAGCAGUCAUGUGUCCCCGGGAGUCCGUUCCUGCGGGACUGCUCCGUGAGGCUGGAGCGCCUCGGUGCGGAGACUCUGCUCACUGGCACAUGGAGCACAGACCGGGACAUGGGAUCAGGACAAACUCCACAGAAGAAAUCGAGGGGCGGACCCGACACCUACAGAUGUGCUCACUGUAAAUAUACGACGGUUCAGAAACUACGCUUAAUUAGGCAUUUGAGUAAACACUGUAACUAUACUUGCAACUCAAAGUAUUAUAUGAAAACUCAUAUCAGACGUCAUACCGGGGAAAAGCCCUUUAAAUGUGACCUGUGUAACUUCGCUAGCUGCUCUAAAAGUAAUUUGCACGCUCAUUUAAUGACACACACUGGUGACAAGCCAUAUAAAUGCAACCGGUGCAACUACACUUGCAACUUAAAAAAAAGUUUAGUAGCUCAUGUAUCGAAACACACGGGUAUUAAGGCGUACAAAUGUAAAGUGUGUAGUUUUGCUACUGCCCACAAGCGUUCUAUUGACAGACAUAUAAUGACGCAUAAUGAGCCAAACAGGCGUGACCAGGUUAGUGAUGAAAGAAAACACAUUGGUGAAAAACGAUAUAAAUGUGACCAGUGUAGCUACACAUGCAACGACAAUUAUUAUAUUCAGAAAGUUCAUAUCAGACGUCAUACCGGGGAAAAGCCCUUUAAAUGUGACCUGUGUAACUACGCUACCAGCUAUAAACUUAAUUUAAAAGCUCACCUGAGGACACACACUGGUGACAAGCCAUAUAAAUGUAGCCGGUGUAACUACACUUGCUACCAAAAAAAAAGUUUACAGGCUCAUGUAUCGAAGCAUACUGGUAUAAAGCCUUUUAGUUGUGAUCUAUGUAGUUUUGCUACUGCCCAUAAGCGUUCUAUUGACAGACAUAUAAUGACGCACAAUGAGCCAAGCACGCGUGACCAGGGUAGCGAUGAAAGAACACAGAUUGGUGAAAAACGAUAUGAAUGUGACCAUUGUAGCUACACUUGCAAUGACAAUUAUUAUAUGAAAGUUCAUAUCAGAAUUCAUACCGGGGAAAAGCCCUUUAAAUGUGACAUGUGCAACUACGCUACCAGCCAUAAAAAUACAUUAAAAGCUCAUCUGAGGACACACACUGGUGACAAGCCCUAUAAAUGUAACCAGUGCAACUACGCUUGCUACCAAAAAAAAGAUUUAAAAGCUCAUGUAUCGAAACACUCAAGUGUUAAGGCGUACAAAUGUGAAGUGUGUAGUUUUGCUACUGCUCACAAGCGUUCCAUUGACAGACAUACAAUGAUGCACAAUGAGUCAAUCAGGCGUGACCAGGGUGACGAUGAAAUAACACACAUUGGUGAAAAACGAUAUGAAUGUGACCAGUGUAGCUACACUUGCAAGGAUAAUUAUUAUAUGAAAGUUCAUAUCAGACGUCAUACCGGGGAAAAGCCCUUUAAAUGUGACCUGUGUGACUACGCUACCAGCCAUAAAAAUACAUUAAAAGCUCAUCUGAGGACACACACUGGUGACAAGCCCUAUAAAUGUAACCGGUGUAACUACACUUGCUACCAAAAAAAAAGUUUACAGGCUCAUGUAUCGAAGCAUACUGGUAUAAAGCCUUUUAGAUGUGAUCUAUGUAGUUUUGCUACUGCCCAUAAGCGUUCUAUUGACAGACAUAUAAUGACGCACAAUGAGCCAAGCACGCGUUACCAGGGUAGCGAUGAAAGAACACACAUUGGUGAAAAACGAUAUGAAUGUGACCAGUGUAGCUACACAUGCAAGGACAAUUAUUAUAUGAAAGUUCAUAUCAGACGUCAUACCGGGGAAAAGCCCUUUAAAUGUGACCUGUGUAAUUACGCUACCAGCUAUAAACUUCGUUUAAUAGCUCAUCUGAGGACACACACUGGUGACAAGCCAUAUAAAUGUAACCGGUGCAACUACGCUUGCUACCAAAAAAAAGAUUUACGAACUCACGAAUCGAAACACACUGGUAUAAAGCCUUUCAGAUGUGAUCUGUGUAGUUUUGCUACUGCCCAUGAGCGUUCUAUUAAAAGACAUAAAAUGACGCACAGAUGUGACCAGGGUAACAAUGAAAGAACACACAUUGGUGAAAAACGAUAUGAAUGUGACCUGUGUAGCUACACUUGCAUGGCCAAGGAUUAUCUGAAAGCCCAUAUCAAACGUCAUACCGGGGAAAAGCCCUUUAAAUGUGACCUGUGUGACUACGCUAGCUAUACUAAAGCGAAUUUAAAAGCUCAUCUGAGGACACACACUGGUGACAAGAAAAUACACAUUGAUGAAAAGCGAUAUAAAUGUGAUCAGUGUAGCUUUACUAGCAAGUAUAAGGAUUACAUGAAAGUACAUAACAGAAUUCAUACUGGGGAAAAGCCAUUUAAAUGUGGCUUGUGUAACUACGCUAGCGGCUCUAAAACUCUGUUAAAAAGUCAUCUGAGGACACACACUGGUGACAAGCCAUAUAAAUGUAACCGGUGCAACUAUGCUUGCUACCAAAAAAAAGAUUUAGAAGCUCAUGUAUCGAAACACUCUAGUAUUAAGGCGUACAAAUGUGAAGUGUGUAGUUUUGCUACUGCCCACAAGCGUUCUAUUGACAGACAUACAAUGAUGCACAAUGAGCCAAGCAGGAGUGACCAGGGCACGUAGCCAUAUGCACAUUGCACAAACGCUUACAAUAAUAUCGCAACGUAGCUAUCUCUAUCAAUUCGUAUUGGCGCUACAGACACAGGCUGCCUUCCGAGCGGCGUCAUGCAUGCAUGUAUUGCAUACAUUGCAGUUUCAAGACUAUUGUCCCAGAUUUGUAAGUUCACAUUUUUGACAUUUGUUUUGAAGUAUGUUGCGAUGGCUAAGACGUAUCGUUUGCCAAAUCUAAUGAUUAAUUUCGAAUUGGUUGAAUC